GUUUACGAAGGAUGGAAGGAGAAUUACAACUGUUGUUGCUGUUUUAAUGUCCAUCUUCUAAACAGUUUCAAUCCUCAUUGAAGGCGCAAGGAGAAACAGGAAACCAUGCCGACCAAGUUGAAGUUCAAGAUAGUAUAUUUUAGAGAUGCAAUGCCAAAUGGGUACCGUUUGGCCACGGUUGAAGAAGUUAGAAAUAAUUUGGACACCCUUAAAUUCGGUGGAUAUGAGGGUGUAUUCCGUCUUUUGGACGGUCGCCUCUUGUUGCCUGACUAUCGACUUGAACAUGUUUUCGAUAGAUUUUAUUGGUCGGUGGUGGUGAAGGAAAAAGAGCGAGAGGAGGAUGCAGGCGUUUGGAAGAAAAAAUGGUCAGCUUGUUAUCCAUCAAGUGCUGAUUUGUUGAGAAAGCAAGUCUAUGAUGGAAUUAUUCUCUCUCAACAAGGGAGACAUACUGCAAUGGCCAUUGCUUCCAUCAAUUAUGACGCAGAAGUUAUAUAUUGGCUGCUCAAAACUACAAACCAAAUAGAGCUCCAAGAUUUUGCAAAUUUGCUCAAGCCAAACAGAUUUCAUUUGCUCAAGUCAAACAGAUUUCAUUUGCUCAAGUCAGACAUAGUUAAAGUUUCUAAAAAUUUGUUGGAAAGUUUGUCGGCUUCUGAGUUUCCACUACAGUUUCCACUACAGUUGCCACUUGAACAUGAUCAUUUCAUGAAUCAUUUCCUAGCUAAUCGCUUGUAUUUCAUUUUCAUAUCAUACACUAACCAGACUAAAGGCAUCGUUUAUGUUGAAUUGUUGGUAGAGAUGUACUCUACUAAUAUUGUUCACUACAAAGGUAGAGAUGGUGUGUCCCUUCUGGAUAAAGUUACACUACAUGCUGAAUAUGACGAAGAUUGGAUUCCCGCAUUGACAAAGCUCUUGUCGGUAUCUCACCACUCUGUAGAAAAUCAGGUUUCUGAGAUUAAGCAUCGCUUUGGAGACAUAUUUAUUAAGGCAAUUGAAAGAGGGUAUGCUCAACUUGUAGAAGAUUUAUUAAAAUUGAAAGAUGAUUACAUUGAACAACUCACUACAGCUCUCUGUAUGAAGGCUGCAGCAGGGAUCGUAUGUAAAGGCUAUCUGCAAUGGCUGCCUGAUUUCUUAAAUUUGUUAAAGCAAAAAGUUGGAAAUGAGCUCCCACAAGACGAACACGGAAAGACACUCUUUCAUUAUGCAGCCGAUUCAGAAAAUGAAAAAGUCUUCAAAUUGCUUGUUGAGACAUAUCAAGAUAUGUACAGAGAGAAAAAAAGGGAUAAAUGGGGAAGAAACUUUCUUCAUUGGGCAGCACUCAAUGGACAAGCCGACUUUUGCAAGGAUUGCGUGGAUGAUUGGCAGUUAAAAGUAGAUGCCAAGGAUAGUUUUGGCCGGAAUUCUUUACAUUUGGCAGCUCAAGGAAAGAAGGGACACCUUGUUGUGGGUUAUUUAGUGGAUUCAUCCUCAGUGAACUUAAUUUAUGCAAGGGAUGAUGAAGGAAGAACACCCUUGCACUUAGCAUCUGCAAAAGGCAACAUUGAAAUGGUUGAAAAACUAUUAUCUUUCAGCGCAGAUAAUCCUUCUCAAGGGAUACAUUACAUUAAGCAAGUCGAUGGCUUGGGGAAGACCGCAUUGCAAAUGGCAGCAGGUGGAGGCCAUACGCGUAUUGUGCAGCUAUUUUUGGAUAGAGGAUGUGAUCCCUUAUCAGAGCGUGAUGCCAAUGGAAGCACAGCAUUGCACUAUGCCGUUCAAGCAAAGGAUCCAGAGGUUGCAUUGGCCAUAUCGCAGAGCCUCCUAGAUAAAUAUGAGAAUGAAAGGAAAAAAAAAUUGCUUCUCUUGUGGGCCUCAGCAGGCGGCAUUGGCACUGCAGAGGAAAGAGAAGGGGUAGAUCCUUCGGUUAAGGAUUUCUUUUUACAGGAGAAGGCAAGGGAUAAGAUUAAUUUGUUGGAGGCAGCAGCAAAGACUAAGAAUACAGAAAUGGCCUGGGAGCUUCUAAAUAGAGAUGCCCGUAUGGCAGAUCUUGAUAAGUAUAGAAAUGAAUAUGAUAGAGAUGAAGAUAUAAAGAAUGCAAAAUCGGUAAUAAGAGAAAUAGAUAUAGCAAAGGAGCACGGACGAGAUAAACCAAGCCUGAAGGAUAAUCUCGAAAGAAAUGUUUUAGCCGAAGGUCUAGCUGCUCUAUUUUUGAAUAAAUUUAUAGAAUCUCCGAUCACAGUGGGCAUUUCUGGUGAAUGGGGCAUGGGAAAAUCCAGCCUCAUGAUUCAGACCGAAAGCAUUCUGUUGAUGGCAGCCUCUCAGUUGUCAUUUCCCAAUCUCCUCCGUUCUGAAAAAUUUGUUGGAGCAGAGAAGAUAUCAUUGAGUACUAAAGGUCGAAAGAUAUAUACAAGGAUGAAAAUCACCAUGAACAAAUUAUUCUCAUACAGCGAAUAUCCUGAUCUGUGGGAUGAUGAGGAUCCAUUUCUCGUUUUCCUUCUCUGUGUCCUCCCUAGAGCAAUUUGCCUUGGAAUAAUCAAGAUAUACAAAUUGUUAACAUCCAGCGAGUCAGAGAGAGGACUGGUGAAAUUGUUGGAGGAGUAUCAUCCCCAACGCCAUGCCAUUUAUAAGUCCCUUGCAUGCAUGGAUAUUCAUAAUCAAAUGCUAAGUUCACACGUCAAUGGAGAGAGUGAAUUCCAACAAAUGAGGGGAGUGCCUCGAGUUUUGACAAUUCGAUACAACGCCUGGCACUAUCGCGAUGAGCAUGAAGCUUGGGCUGGGCUAGCAGUCACAAUCACAAAAGAAAUUGAGAAGGCAAUGACUCGAGCACAAAGAUUCAGCACUUGCUGGAGAUAUAGUUGGGCUAAAAAUAGUGUCAACAUCUGCAUACAAAUAUUUUUACCUUGUCUGUUGGUCACAUUUCUAGCAGGCUGGGUGGCUUGGGCAGCUUGGGCCUUAUUAAGGGAUUCUAAAUUCAAAGAUUUACAAUAUGGAUCCAUACCUUGCACUAUCAUAGCAAUUGUAUGGGUGGUAUUGAAAUCUAUUAUUUCUGUUGUGAAACCAGUGAGCACACAGAUGGUGGGAUACAUAAAUUCACCAGAUCACACAGCUCAUCUUGGCUAUCAAGAGCAAGUCAUAUCUGACAUAAAUUUCUUGAAAGAGGAACUUGGAAGAAAGCCUCACUGGUUUUUUUCUAUCAUUUCUGGUGAAUGGUGUAGAAAUUGGUUUGGUUUGUAUCCCGACAAUGUUGAAAAUACAUGCGUCCCAAAAUUUAGGCCAGCCUCUGAGGAUCAACUUCGAAUCAUAACCUUUGUUGAUGACCUUGAUAGAUGUGAUGAAAAAGUUGUUUUACAGGUCUUAUCUGCUAUAAAUCUUGUAUCGGCCGAGUGUAAGAUUAAUGUUAUUUUGGGGAUAGAUAAAAAAAUGAUUCAAAGAGCAGUUGAGAGACAUUUUAAAGAUAAUGAUGAUAAGGAUUUAGCAGACAAGUUUAUUUGUAAGAUCAUUCAAAUUCCAUUGAGUUUGCCGGAUCCUACAAAUAAAGAAUCGGAUAAAUUUCUACAGCAUUUUUUAGGACACCAACCACCUAGAGAUGCUACACUUGGACUGGAAGACAAUGAAGACACAGAUUAUGGUGAUAUAGACACAGAUAAUGAUGAUGAAGGAGUCAUUUUUCCAAGAAGAAGAGAAGAAAAUACAGUGGUUAAUAUUGAUUGUUCUAAUGGAUUAUCCACAGAUUGUAAAGGAGUUAUCAAAAUAGUGUGUCAUUGGUUUGCUUGCUUCUAUCAAAUUUUGUGUUUGAUUGCUUGCAACCUUUCAAGUGAACUUCGACAAAUUGAUGAUGAGAAAAACACAAAAGGAAUCCAUAUUUUGACAUUCUCAAAAGGAGCCCGAUUAACAAGAGAAAUGUUACUAUCAAAUUAUAACCGAGAAGAAGCUACAACCUUGUAUAAGUUGAAGGAGUUUGUCAUUGGCACCCAAAAACUUCCUCGUGAGUGGAAACGUUUUUUAGACUACUGCAAAUUUGUAUGCAAUGUUCUUUCUAUGAGAGGCAAAGUAAACAGGCUACCAAAUUGGAAGCUAGAAUUGGUGGCUUGGAUAUUUGUUUGUUGGAAUUGGAAGCAUGAGAUGAACACUCUCAUCAAGGGUUGGCACAAGUAUACAAUUGUGCAAGCUGGGUCCAUGAAAGAUGAAGAUGAAGUAGAAAAUGUAUAUGGGCCUUCACUUAAACAAAUUGUUAAGAAUUAUGUUGUUGAAUUACAAGAAUCACAACAAAUUUUAGAUUUUGAUGUGGAUUUGGUUAGAGAGGUAGCAUUAAAUAGUAGAACUAUGGAGACACAAACAAUUCAAGACAGCCAGACCCAAUACUUCAAUUGGUUGAACUUAUUAAAGGCAUUAAAAAUUCACGAUGUUUCAAUGAAAGGUAUUCAACUAUUUCAGAAUUUUCGCCUUCAUUGUGAAACUGAUAAUCUUCCAUGGCCUUUGUUAGAGUCAGAUUAUAGCCAAGAAAAAGCUAAAUACUUGAAUAAAAUCAAGAAAUUUGCCACUGGUAGGCGAAAAAAUUCCCAUGAAUGGAAACAGUUUUGGGACUACAACAAAUUUGCACGUAAUAUUCUUUCUAGUAUUGGAGAAGUACAAAAUCUACCUAGUUGGAAGGUAGAAUUGGUGGCUUGGAUAUUUGUUUGUUGGCAAUGGAAACAUGAGAUGAACACUAUCAUAAAGGGUUGGAAAAAGUACGCAAUAGUAAAAUGGAAGGAUGAAGGCAAAUCUAUGGAAGUUGAUGUUGAAGUAAAGGAACAAAUGUCUGAUGCACCUUCACUUAAACAAAUUGUUGAGAAUUUUAUGGAUGUCAAUUUCAAUAAAGAUGGAAGAACAAUAGAUGGCCAUGAUAUUACAACUGAUUGGUUGAACUUAUUAAAAGCAUUGAGCAUACAAAAUAUUUCAAUGGCAGGCAUUCAACUAUUUCAACAAUUUCGCUUUCAUUGUGAAAUUGAUGAUCUUCCAUGGCCUUUGUUGGAGUCAAAUGUCAAGAUAUAAAAAGCUUGACUUUGUUAAAUUUUGCUAAAUACAAAUAUCUUACCACAACGAACCGGUGAAAGAUCUUGGAGGGGAAGAUAUGGGUGAAAGAUCUUGGAGGCACUGGUCCUAGUUCCAGAACCAGAAGUAGGAACAACAACAAGGGUACACCUCCAGAUUCAUCAUGGAGGAGCUGGAGGAAAUCAACAAGAUUUUUGUCCAGAAGAACAAGGAUUUGGUCUCUUAAUUGAGAGUUUUUUCUUUUGUUUUGUCUUGUUUGUCUACGUUUCAUGAAGUUAUUUACACAUCCUUUUAUA